UAGUGGUGGUGGUGUUGGAGGUUCUAGCUUUGUGGACAUGCUGGGCACUGAAGAGAUGGAGUGUAAGAUCUGCUACUGCGCCUACAACCUGGGGAGUCGAAGGCCAAAGGUGCUUGAGUGCUGCCACCGUCUCUGCUCCAAAUGUCUCAUUAAGAUCCUGGAUUUGGGUGAGUCGCCUCCCAAUGCCUUGGUGUGUCCGUUUUGUCGCUAUCUCACUAGACUGCCGGGAGAUGCUGUGAGCAACCUGCCAGAUGACUGCAACCUGGUGGCAACGCUGACCCUCCAAAACAAGAAUCAGAGAAACCGGCAGUUCCACCAGGAGGCAACUACGGAGCUGCUCCUAAGCCCCAUGCGCCUGAGCUCACUGAUGAGCAGCAAUUCACCAGUGAUAUCUAAUUCCUCCUCCACAUCUUCCUCUACCCCUUACUCCACCAUCCGCAGCUCGCCUAAUUUUGUGGUCAUUACGAUCAUGGAGCCUCCGCCCGCAUCCAUAUCCACCCAAGACAUCCAUCCCUACCAGCAGAUACAUGGCUCUCACCUGUCAAACCAGGACUACCACUCAUCCAGUCAGGACUCUAUGGCAUCCAUCGCAGAGAGGUGGACAGUGUGGAACUGUGCAGCCCUCCUGUGCCAGACUUCAGCCCGGGCAUUGGUAUGGGUCCUGGGGCUCUUGUACUUUAGCUCCCUGCCUAUGGGGGUUUACCUGCUCAUAAUGCAGAGGACAACACUCGGAGUGCUUCUGGUGAGCCUGGUUCCUGCCAGCCUCAUCGUGAUCAUGGUCUAUGGGUUCUGCCAGUGUAUCUGCCAUGAGUUCUGGGACUGCUUACCAUCAUAACGCAACCAAAUGAACAGGCAAUGCUUUGCUUUGAACAUGCUUGACAAUAGAUCUCCAGAAUUGACUGAUGGGGAUGUUACUGUGUAGCUAACCAUGUGAACUGUUAUUUGAAUGGCAUAAAGGUGGAGCUCAUACAUCUUAAUUUGUGCAGUUUGUAGGCUGAUAAUUUA